CAGAGAGGCGGAGAAAUUACGGAGAAUGGGUCGUACAACUUCCCAGCCGGGCUAAACGCACUAUGUCUGCAGCGAAAUGCGAGGACACCGUUCUUCACCUACAGGCGUACAAGCAGAGACCAUGCUCACUGCUUAUCGUGUUGCAUGCUCUUGAUGCGCACCCACAACAGGAAAACCAGCAGUCGACUUCAGCGAACAUUCAAGGGCACGGACGUAUAACGAGAAUCCGCCGAACGCUGCGGUUUGCGAGCGGCGUUCGUGAACACACACUCGCGGUGAACUACGCAGGGUUUACUUACAAUGGCAACCCCCAAACACAGAAAGGUUGCGAACACCGAGGACUUCAAAUUCUUAUCAAGAAGACGAAGCCCUGCCUAGACGAGUAGAAAUUGACAAUACUAUUGUACAGUAGAUAAAAAUACACCGAGUAAAAACCGAGUCCAACAGCUCCCAACAAUCUAUGCACCGAACCCGUACAACGUGCGUCCUGACCGCUUCAACGCAUAUACAACAUCAAGUGCAGUCACU